AUGGGCAGGGGCGUGCGGAGCAGCGCUCGGCUGAGCGGCGGCGGGUCCGGCGGGUCCGGUGGGUCCGGUGGGUCCGGCGAGUGUGGCAGGGUGGGUGCGGCGCUGCCCCGUGCGGCUGCGGCGCGCAGCUCAGCCGCCGCCGCCGCCGCGCGCGCCGCCGCCGCCCAGCGCCGAGCGCGCGCUGCCGAGCGAGCCCGCGAGGUCGAGGACAGCCCGCAGGUGCUGCGAGAGAAGUGCCGCCGGCUAGCGCGCGCCGUGCGCGAUGCCAAGCACUUAGUGGUGUAUACAGGGGCGGGUAUAAGUACUGCGGCAGAUAUUCCUGACUACCGUGGCCCUCAUGGCGUAUGGACACGUCUGCAACGUGGUGAAACUGUCGGGCGCGUGGAGGUGUCGCACGCGCGGCCCACGCUGACGCACAUGGCGCUGUCGGCGCUGUGGGCGCGCGGCGCGCUCAAGUUCGUGGUGUCGCAGAACUGCGACGGGCUGCACGUGCGCGCCGGCCUGCCGCGGCGCGCGCUGGCCGAGCUGCACGGCGACAUGUUCUGCGAGCGCUGCGCGCGCUGCGGCCGCGUGCUGCUGCGCGCCUUCGACACCACCGAGCGCACGCGGCGCCACGCGCACCUCACGCGCCGCCUGUGCCCCGCCUGCGGCCACGAGCUGCGCGACUCCAUCGUGCACUUCGGCGAGCGCGGCCGCGCCGCCUGGCCGCUCAACUGGGCCGGCGCGCUGCGCCACGCGGCCGCCGCGGACGUCGUGCUGUGCCUCGGCUCCAGCCUCAAGGUGCUGCGGCGCUACCCGCGGCUGUGGCAGAUGCAGCGCGCGCCGCACGCGCGGCCGGCGCUGUACAUCGUGAACCUGCAGUGGACGCCCAAGGACGCGGCGGCCGCGCUCAAGAUCAACGCGCGCUGCGACGCCGUGAUGGCGGCCGUGGCGCGCCGCCUGCGCCUGCGCGUGCCGCGCUACGCCACGCGCCGCGACCCGCUGCUGGCGCACGCCGUGCCGCUGGCGCCCGCCGAGCGCCACACGGCGCGCGCGCCGCCGCUGCCGCCGCCCUCGCCCGAGCCGCCCGACUCGGACGACGAGCGCUACUACUCGCUGGGCGAGCCGUCCGACUCGGACCCGGACGACCCGGACGACGAGCUGCCGCUGCGCCACCUCGCGGACCGUCUGCGAGCGCCGCCGCCGCCGCCGGACCUCACGCGCAACCACUUCAAGGCCUUCCAGGUGAGCAUGCGGUCGUGCGAGGCAACCAUCUUGCUUCGUGCUGAGCAUGCGCCCUCCGAGCUGCCGCCGCCCGAGCCUCCACCUUUUCGCUCCAACUCUGUCUCCCCCUUAACUGAUAAGUGUCCUUUAGUUCCCUCUUCCGCCAUUUCUUUCGUUCAGCGCCCCGCUCCUAUCAGUGAUCUCCGCCGCUUCCGCAUCCAGCGGCCACUCGCCUCCAACGGUCAGUUGGUGUGCGGGCCAGUAUUCGCCCCCGAAAUAAUCUCAAACGCCUUUGAGUAUCCGCCUACCGUAAAACAAGAGAAGAACGAGAUCAAUGGCAACGGGGUUUGGCCUUGCAGCUCGAAAUUGCGACAGCUGCUCGAGUUGAAUCCUAAAGACGAGGACGUAAAGAGUGAAAUUGAUCACAGGAGUGGUGCGAUCAAGAUUGAGUUGAACGGUGUGACGAGGGGCGAAUUCGGUGCGGAUAAGAAGUGUAAAGUGAAGUUGCCCGUCGAGGGCUGGAGGGAUUGCAGUGAUUUAAAAGUGGAAUCGAAAGUGUCGUGCAAAAGUGUAGUGCCGUACUCGUCGCAAGCGUUCAGUAUAGAUAGGAGGUGUAAAGUGCAGUUGCCCGUCACCAACGGGAGAGAUUGUAGUGAAUUGAAAAGUGAAAUUGAAGGGUCUUGUAGAAGUAUGGUGCCGGGGGAGCAGGAGGUGCGGGAGGUGCGGGAGGCGCGGGAGGCGCGGGAGGCGCGGGAGGCGGCGCGGGACGCGCGGGAGGCGCGCGAGUGCGAGGCGCUGGCGGCCGCGUUCACGCGGCGCGCGGUGCUGGCGUGCCGCGCGGGGCUGUACCCGGGCCUGCACACCAUCCUGGCGGGCGCGUGCGCCUGGUGCGCCUGGUGCGCGCGGCACUACGGCGCGCGCCGCUGCCUGUGGUACGGGCCGCCGCCCGAGCCCGCCGCGCCGCGCGUGUACCGCGUGGUGCGCGGCCGCCGCUACCUGUGCGCCUGCUGCCCCGACGCCUCCGCCGCGCCGCUCGCCGACGACGCGGGCUGGUACGGCAAGGGCUACCGCAAGGGACGGCGCCGACGGAAGCCGUGA